GUCAAAUCAUCAUUGUAGAGACGUUACAGGGGUAGGAGGGUACGAUCAGCGGAGACUUUAAACCCACUGCAGCCUGUAUUGCACCAACAAAGAGCGGACAGCUUGUUUCGGAAUUGAUAGGUGACAGCAGACAGACAUCAGCCGAAACAUCGCUGAUGAGUCGGAGAUGGGACAAACACAUUAAUGUUGCUGCAUAUCGCCAUGAAGCCAGCUUCGUGUUACCGAUGCCGUGCUUUCGAUUCCCAGCAGCCUGCAGCUCGGACCGUCUAAGUUAAACGGCUAAAAGGAGCUGAUCUACUCUGACUGACAAGUCCUGAUAUUUCCAUCUGGACCUGGUGAUAUGAGAGGCUCCAGGAGACGGUGAUGGAGCUCCAGGAGUUGGGCUGGCUGUGUCUGGUGGGUCUCUUUCUAGCCUCCUUGCUCAUUGUGCUGGGAUGGCUGUUCCAGUACUUGAAGACCUUACAUCGCCUGUGGAGAGCCAGAGAGACCGUCAAGCAGGACAGGAGAAGACCAGCCUGGCAGCAGCUCUCCUUCACACAGCCGCGCCAGAGCCAGGGUGGAGGUGUGUGGGGCUUCCUGAUCAAGCUCCGCUCGGGUUGGGAUGGAGGACAUGCAGCUGAGGCCGGGGUUAAAGGCUUGUUUACCUCUCUGUUCUCUUUCAAGUCCUUCAGGGAGCACUGGCAGAGAACCUGGGUGAAAGCUCUGAAUGAGCAAGCCUGCAGACAGGGGAGCUCCAUCCAGAUCACUUUUGACAGCAGUCUCCAGUUAACUGCUGCCUCUGCAAUAGAGAGCGUGACCUGCACUGACCAAUCAGUACACCGAAUGGUUUUACACUGUAACUGUUGGGUGGACACAGUGACAUUUCCAGUGACGGUCACCCAGCAGUCACCCGCUGCUGUUUCCAUGGACACCUAUCAGAUCACUAUAGCACCUAUGGUGACAAAGGUGGUGGUGUGUCUGGAGGAGGUGGAGGAUGAGGGUCUGCUGAUGUCCUGGACUCUUUCCAAGCAGCCUUCAUUUUCCCUGACAGUGUCUCCCUGCAAGCUGCAGAGACAGGGCACCGAAGGUGAGGCAGACCUGGGCAUGAUUAAGGGACUGAUAGAGGACACUCUGUUCAGCACUCAGCCUGCCAUGGUCCUCAACCUCAAGACCUGUGUGUCCAGUCCUUUGGCCCCCAUGGACCAUCUGUCAGUGGGACUGAACUCUGUAUCCCAGAGUGUGUUGGUGCGGCGACUACAGCUCCGGCAGUUCAGGGCGACCUUAAGUAAAGGUCAGUGGUCUAGAUCAGAGGAGCUGUGCUGUGUCCUGAGCCUGGACCAACCCUCCACAGAGAGGACAACCCGCUUCCUGUCUGUGCCCAGCAACUCCAAUGCCCCACUGGAAUGGAGUGAAGAAAUUACUCUGGAGCUGGGCCCAGAAACCAAAGAGCUGAGUGUAAGGCUUCUGGAGCGAAAUGGCAAAAGGGAACAAUUCCUGCCUGGUCAUGCCUCCAUCGCCUUGGACCUCCAGUGCAAAGUUCCCACUGGGCAACAUACACUGUCAAUAAGCCCUGGCCACGGCUUGGCACCAAACGCUACUAUCACAGCAGAGCUGCUGUAUGAGGAAGCAGUGGAGCCUUGCGGCGCCCUCAAUGCUUUGCCACUUCGUUCCUCACUAACCCCCACCAAGAAAGUCGACGUGGACCGAACCAUCAUGCCAGAUGGAACCAUCGUCACCACUGUCACCACUGUCCAGUCUCGGCUUAAACUGGAACGCAGUCCAGGUGAUUCCCCUCUGUGUUCACCAUCCAAAGUGGAGGUGACUGAGAACAAACCCACCAUCUUGUCUGAUGGCAGAGGCAGCACCAGCCCCAACCCCAGCAAGAGCAGCCGCCUCUCUAAUGGCCUGGAUCCUGUUGCAGAGACGGCCAUUCGCCAGCUGACAGAGUCCGCCUCCAAAGUAGCUCGGAAGACACCAACAAAAAGGAGCACACUGAUCAUCUCAGGCGUGUCAAAGGUUCCACUCUCAGAGGAUGACUGUGCAUUAUCGAGCGGGUACGCUGCAGCCAUGGACGCAGCCAUGCAUGGCAACCAUUUCGGAGCGGGGCAUCACCAGGACCCUGAUGAAACCACACCCUCCGACGCGUCGGAACGUCCAUCUGUGGAUGAUGUGGAAUCAGAUACUGGUUCCACUGGUGCCUUGGAAACCCGCAGCCUCAAGGACCACAAAGUGGGCUUUCUGCAGAGUGGAACAAAGCUGCUAUUCCGCAGAAGACAUCGAGAGAAGGAGUCCUGCCUCAGCCAAUCCCAUGAAGACAUCUCUAAUAUGGGCAAUAACUUUGCUGCUGCCGCAGCCAGCAGCCACAAAAAGUCUGGCAGCUUCUCCCGGCGUCUCAUCAAACGCUUCUCUUUCCGCUCAUCAGGCAAAUCAAAAGGCAAAGGCAAUGCUGCCAACGGAGGAGCGAGCUCAAUGGAUAACUGAUUAUCAUUGUUUGGUUAGGACAUGGGUCAUCCUGACUUAAUAAGAUUGUUCUAAAGCCUCUGUUGAUACUGUCAGAAGAACAACUAAACCUUGUUGUCCAGUCUGUGACAGGUCGAACACCCCAGGCGGGUUAUAACCUGCGCAUGUUGAAAACAGGAUACCUCUGGGAGGGAUUUCCUCUGGAGAGAAAUUAUUGCACCUUCAGGACAGAAGUCAUGUUUAAUCACAUCACUGAGGUUUAAAUGUGAUUAUAAAAUCUGUUUCUUUCAAGGAGAAAUCUGCUGCUCAGUGAGGAGAAGGGAACAACUACAAUGAAAAGUUGUGUGCCCUGUUUGAACACAAGCUAUAGUGGGAGUAUUUGAUUGUGACAAAUGGUGGAAAUGCUCUUAAACUAUAUUGAUAUAAAAUGCCAGUAUAAAAUUAUUGGUUGCACUUUGGACUUGAGUUUUUUAAAAGCACAUGUAAAGUUCCUGGGUUGUAUAAAGGUAAUUUAUUAUUAUGUGGUUCUCAUGAAACAAGUGCUAUUUAUUUUACUCCCAAACAGUGAAUCACUAUAGUUGCAUUAUACUAUAAAAUAAAGACAUUGCUGUGUUUUUCCAUCCAAAUGUAAUUUUAAACACAUAGUUUAAGUGAAUUAAGCAUCAGUUGUAAUCUAGUUGUAAUGUUAAUUCUUAAUUGCUUAUACAUUGGUUUUAGAAUGUUGUUCAAUGUUGUAUCUUAUAUAAGAAGCAUAAAAAAUCAUAUAUUUAUUGUACUUUUUAUUUUAUAAAGGUACUUUGUGUGGAAAUUCAUUUGAAGUUUAGCUCAUAAAUGCAUUUCAGUUUGCUUUUGAAACUUCAACCAGCCAGGAUCUCUAGAAGACAAUUUAAGCUUGGCAAUGAGUUUAAUUUUUUUUAUAUUAUGACUGUAAAAGAAAACAUCAGGUCCUGCUUUCCUUGCAUCUCCUGUUGACUCCAAUAAGUGAAAAGUGCAUCUAAGCACAUUAUAAAGACUUCAGUUGAUGCUCAUAUGGACAUUUUAUGUAUAACUAUCAUUACUGUGCAGCAAGAUCGCAUACGGUAACCGUUUGAAAUGCUCUCAUGUGAUUAGCUCAUAAUCAUAACCUAUCAUGUACCAUUUAGGAGCAUUAUCAAAUUGCAUUUGUUUUUAAACAAAUUUAUGUCUCACAUGAGUAACAAUAUUGCAACAAUGCUGCAGUUGUUAGACAUCUUAAGGAGGUGAUACUCUGCUGAGGCAUUGUGAGGAACAAGUUUGCCAAAGUUUAUGACAAGGUGAUGGAUGGAGUGGAUGCACUCAGGGCUAGAAACAAAAUAGCUACUACCAACUAGAGAUAUGAGGAAACCGCUUCAUCCCUCUCGAGGCAUAACCAGUAUGUGAAAAUGUAUAUAAAUUUUUGGAUAUUUGUGUUUUUGUCAGAGAAAAUGAAAAAUCUUUUAACCAAAUGCAUUUAUUAUUGGACUUUAGAACAACCAAAUGAAAUCGUUUUUAUUUACUUUUCAUGUUUAUUUGCAUCAAUAAAAGAAAAGCUGUCAAAAGGGAACAAAAACAUGGAGCCAAUGUUGUCAAAAGGACUCUAAUGGACAAAAUUUCAACUAAUUCAAAAUGCUGAAGAAAUUAACAAAGCCACUUUGUUGUCUAAAGGCACAUUGUGUGGCUGGAAUGUGAAACAGGAAGUGGCUGCAAAUUGAAGAUGUGUAUAAUUUCUGUUGUUAUAUUUGAAAUGUUUAAUUUAUUGCAAAUAAAUUAUUUUUGAAGCUCA